AGAAUAAAAAGUCAGCAGACAAAUAAAGUUAGUCAAAAGAUAAAGUUAGUCAAAAGAUAAUCAAGGAUCCCUUAAUUAUAGGGAUCCUCAUGAUGGUGUAGGAAUCCUCAUGAUGUUGUAGGAAUCCUCAUGAUGUUGUAGAAGCAAAUAUUAAAUAUGAUCUCCCUUCCAACACUAUAAAUGGGGGAAGUGUAUCAGCAGAAGAUAUAAGAAAUACAAUUACAAUCUUUAGCUUCUCUUUCUCUAUGCAUUAUGAUGAUACAAUGUUUCAACAUGGUAUCAGAGCAGGUUUAACCAUAGGUACUCAGAAACGAAUCAUCAUCGUUCAUAAUCCAAAACCAAAACAUUCUUAGCCAAUUCAAAUCAGUUUGUGGAGUAACUCACCGGCGACAGUUUCGAUCGCCAUUCCAAAAAUGAAGAGAGCUUCCAAAACCAGCGGCAGCGGCAAGCCCAACGCCCCUCACAAAGACCUCCCCAACCUCGCCGCCAAGCCCAAGAAGAAGAAGUCCAAGCAGAAGCCCACCCCUCCCUCGCCGUUAAAGGACGAGAGCGCCGCCGACGAGCCUACCCCGCCGCCUAAGAUCAAGGUCUACCUGCCCAAGCCAAUCAGGGUGUCGUCGGCCUUCUCCCGCAGUAACAGCUACGACAGCUUGGCCUCCAACAGCGACGGCGAGAAGCCCGCCGAGGAGCUCUCCUACAUGCCGCUGCAGUGGCCGCCGAUAUUCGAGAGAGGAAGAGGAGAAAACUCAACCGGCUACCCGACUACCGGCUCGGCAACUGACGUUGACGGCCGGAAAAACGACAGAACGAAGGCGAGAAGCGCGGCUGCCGGCGUAGACGGCCGAGAUGGCCGAGGACACAACAGCUCGGCGUCAGCCGGCGCCUCUGUCGGUGUAGAUGGCCGAGGACGCAACAGUUCGACCACUGCCGGCUUCUCCGCCGGCGUUAAUGGCCGAACAACCGAGAAAAAUGGUGAAGGUGGAACCAAGGGAGAGAAAGAGGUGGAGAGAAUCGGUCAAAGGGAGAAAGAGGCGUGUGGAAUUGGUCAAAAGGAAAAAGAGGCGCAUGAUUUAGGAUAUCAGGACGGGGGAGAUUAUUGGGCGUGGCACUGAGCGGGAUGGAUUGUACUAUGUGGAUGAGAUAGCUCAACAAGGCAAGGUGAUGCUGGCUCACGGAAUUGCUGACCGGGAAGCCUGGCUUUGGCACCGUCGGUUAGGGCAUCCAUCCAUGGGGUAUCUUAAGCUUUUAUUUCCUAAAUUAAUAAAAAAUGGUGAGAAUUUAUCUUGUGAAACUUGUGUUUUAGCUAAAAGCCACCGAAAAUCUUUUAAGCCUAAUGACACACAAGUAAACUCCAUAUUUUCUCUUGUUCAUUCUGAUGUUUGGGGUCCUUCACCCGUGGUAGGGGGACAAGGUUUUAAAUAUUUUCUGUUAUUUAUUGAUGAUUGCACUAGGAUGACAUGGGUAUAUUUUUUAAAACACAAAUCUGAAGUUUUUGAAAAAUUUACUCAUUUCCAUACUAUGGUUCAAACUCAGUUUCAGAAAAACAUCCAAACCCUUAGAACUGAUAAUGGAGGGGAAUUUGUUAAUAAUUCCAUGAAAAUAUUUUGUCAAACAAAAGGGAUUAUUCAUCAAACUACUUGCCCCCACACUCCUGAACAAAACGGAGUUGCCGAAAGAAAAAACCGAAUUUUACUUGAAAUGACUCGUUCUAUGAUGAUUGAGUCUCAUGUUCCCUCCUCAUUUUGGCCCGAGGCCGUAGCAACCUCGGCUUACCUUAUUAACCGUCUCCCUACUAGGACUCUGAAACUUCAAACACCAUUACAGAAAUUGUCUACUCUGGCCUCCAUACCUCUUGCCCUUACACUUCAACCACGGGUCUUUGGGUGCUCUGUUUUCGUUCACAUUCCUAAACAUGAACGCACCAAAUUCUCUCCUUGUGCAGUCAAGUGUGUGUUUGUAGGAUAUGGAGUUAAUCAAAAAGGAUAUAGGUGUUACAAUUCAAAAACCCGUCAAAUCAUCACCACCAUGAACUGUGAUUUCCUUGAAACUGAGUAUUUUUACGAUAACCACCUUACCAGUCAGGGGGAGAGUGAGAGUGAGAUCGACUUGUUAAGUUGGUUACCAAUGCCAGUCCCGGAAGCAGAUCCAACAGAAAAGGUUAACCUAGCCACCGAGCUUACUUCAUCCACAUCUGAGCAAUCCAAUCCACCGCCGCCCCAAAUAUCUUCUUCACCACUGAUAUCUGAGGUAAGAGAUUCUGAACCUAUUACUAUGAUUUCGGGUUCUACUGAUCCUGUUUCUCAAGUGGUUGAAGAAGAAGAACAGGAAGUACAGGAGGAGCAUACAAUGGGUGCAGACAAGGGGAGAUAUGUGUUACCCCCUAGAAGUACUCGAGGAAUUCCUCCUAAACGUUAUUCACCAGAAAAGUUUGGGAAGAACUCUCGGUAUUCUAUUGGGGGUAUCGCCAAAGGGAACCUAUCCAAAACUGCAGCUGCCUAUGAAGUAGCUUUGUAUGACGAAGAGAUCCCAAAGAAUGCGGAACAGGCCUUAAAGAUUCCACAUUGGAGAGAUGCCAUGAAGAAAGAAAUAAGUGCACUGAAUCGAAACCAUACAUGGGAGAAGUGUAGACUACCAAAGGGGAAGAAAACGGUAGGAUGCAAAUGGGUCUUCACAAUCAAAAGGAAACCGGAUGGAUCUAUUGAGCGUUACAAGGCUCGAUUGGUCGCAAAAGGAUACACACAGAUGUAUGGGAUCGACUACGAGGAGACCUUCUCACCUGUUGCAAAGAUGAACACUGUCAGAGUGCUCCUCUCAAUUGCUGCUAAUAAGGACUGGGAUCUUCAUCAGUUCGAUGUUACAAAUGCUUUCCUUCAUGGAGAGCUUGAAGAAGAGAGAGAAGUCUACAUGGAGGUGCCUCAAGGUUUUUCAGGAGAUUUUGGAGAGGGUGAAGUCUGCAAGUUGAAGAAAACCUUAUAUGGGCUCAAGCAGUCUCCCAGAGCUUGGUUUGGAAGAUUCACCGCAGCCAUGAAGAAGUUUGGGUACCAGCAAAGCAACUCAGAUCACACUUUAUUCUUAAAGAAACGAGGUGAUCUGAUCUCUUGUUUGGUCAUUUAUGUUGAUGAUAUGAUUAUAACAGGGGAUGACACAGAGGAGAUUCAAAAGUUGAAAGAAAGCUUGUUCAAAGAGUUCGAAAUGAAGGACUUAGGAAAACUAAAAUACUUCCUCGGAAUUGAAGUUCUCAGAUCAAAGAAGGGGAUCUUCAUCAACCAGAAGAAGUA